AGCAUUUGAUUCAAUUCAAUUUUCUUAAAGCACAAUCUUAGCCUGCAAACCUGAAUCAUGCCUGCGUGUAAGGUGGGCUGUUGUCCUGACGACAUCUGCGACUGCUCAAAUGAUUGCGAAUGUUUGUUGCCUAGCGACGCGGACAUCGAUGUUGGGUUGGAGAGUCCAUUUCUAAUUGCAGAACACGACUUGAAAGACAUAGCUGAAGGCUCCCGGCACAAAAUAUGCCCGUGUAAAACGAAGGAGGAACUCGCAGAUUAUGUGAAGCCUAUCGAGCCUCGUGUUCAUAUUAACGAAACGGAGAAAUUGUCGGUCGGCAUUAGUGGAGGGAAUACAAAUGAACUGAGCCCAAUCGGAGAACAAGAGCCGUCAAAAAACUGUCAUUCCGGGGCAGAAGACAAUUGUUGUCAAACUGGUGUUUGUAAAAAGAAUCAUUCAAAAGGUGACCAAACUGGCACCCAUGCCUCACACGGCCAUAAAGACAAAUGCUGUGAUGACGUCAGCUGUACGAAAACCGCUGAAAAAGAUCGCGGGGGCACGCAUGGGAAAACUAACCCAAGUUGCUGCGCUGAUGAGAGUUGUCAAAAGAAGUGUGGCAACCCCCCGGAGAAUGAAAAUGACCAUCACCACGAUGCUGCUAAAAGCUGUUGUAAGGACAACUCGUGCAGGGGGGUAAAAGCCUCUGGCGGAGAAAUACGCGCACAUGAGAAACAGCCCGGGGGAAGUUGUUGUAAGGACAAAGGUAGCGUGGCAGAGAAGUCAAUUGGUGACAACCACAAACAUUCAAAAUCGACUGAGGGAAGUUGCUGUGAGACCUCUAGUGAAGACACCCACAAGCAUUCACACGCCAAAGGUUCGUGUUGUGGGGAGAAGGGCGGUGGGGGCUGUAGUAAAAACACACACCAACAUCCACCAUGCUGUGAUGACAAAAGUUGCAAGAAAUCAAACAAUGAGAAGAAUUCGCAGAAAUCAAUGAAAGAAGAUACAUAUGAGCACAAGGAACUACCACGAACUAACAGUCUGCCAACAACUCCUCCUAGCUCUCCCACCAAGAUCGCCAAAGCACCAAAUUUGGAAUUAAAACCGAAUUUCAAUUUUGAUACGCCUCCCGCGCCUUAUCGUAAAACGAAACGCAGUCAGAGUCUGGCCGAAGCAAGGCUUGGAAGUCUGUUGAACGAGCGCAGACCUAGCUGUUUUCAGUUGUCUGGUCAGGAGCAGCGUCGUCGUGCAUUGCCUGAUCCUCAUCGUGGUCAUAACCACCAUCAUACACAUGAGUACCAUCAUGCAAAAGGUGAUCACCAUCACCAUCAUGGGGACCAUCACCAUCAUGGGGACCAUCACCAUGACAAUCAUGACGACAACCAUCACCAAGGUAACGACUCCUGUUGUCAACCCAACGACUCCUGUUGUCAACCCAACGACUCCUGUUGUCAACCUAACGACUCCUGUUGUCAACCUAACGAUUCCUGUUGUCAACCCAACGACUCCUGUUGUCAAGGCAACUCUCCAGAUCGCAAAACGUGCUGCGAAGAUACCAUUUGUGAGGAUAAGUCCCCCAGUUCCAAUGAGGAACUUAAACCUCUGGUGAAACCUGACGAGGUGAACGUUGACGUCGAUGAGAUGGUGGUACGAACGACCAAACUUCGUGUUCAGAACAUGUGCUGUCCUAAAGAAGCACAGAUUGUCCAUGAAGAGCUACGCAAACUCGAGGUUCGUAUCAUUAUUAUUGAACUUUAGUCCCGUGUCCAACACCGUAGAGAUAUAAUAGUGAGCUUAAACAAGCGAUGUUUUUGUCUAUGUCACUAAUGGACAACUUCCAUGUUGGACUAAAUUUUAAUCUAAGUAAAGAGAAGGGAAUCAAACACAACAGUUAAAAAGAACAUAAUGAAAUUAGUAAAAUUGCAAAAUUUGGUUGCGAUAUGUUGUAAAAUACAGAAAAUAUAGUCUUGCAAAGUUUGCAAAUUUUCAGUAUGUUUAUAUUACGUGUGGAAAUUGUUACCAUUUUCGGCUCAAAAAUGGUAACAAUUUCCGCACGUAAUACAAAUACCAAAUUUUGCAAUUUCACUGAUUUUAAUAAGUUCUUUACGGGAAUUUACUUUUUUUGCCUAAAUAAAAAAUUAGUCUAACAUGCAAGUUGUCUAUUCUGGCGGCAUUUUGCAUCACAGCGCUCGUGUAAGGAAGCAAAAAACUUUAAAAAUCUUAUGUUUUGUCAUAUGUGUUGAAGAUUACCACAAACUGACAAAAACACAGUUUUUAAUCCAGUCCUCUCUCGGCAAUCUGACGUCCUUGGUGACAAGAACGUUGCUUGCUUAAGUGCCCUACUAUAACACUCUUUCACAUGAUGCUUGUGAUGUUACUCUGAGUGUAUAUCCACACCGGGCAAGCUUGAAAAAUAUGCCUGGCCACGGUGGGAGUCGAACCUACGACCUUUGGAACACUAGCCCAAUACUCUGCCAACUGAGCUACGCAUCAUAUUCACCUGAGUACAUAACACCAACACAGAAAAAAAUCACUCUUUCACAUGGUGAAAACCUUAAGCAUAUAAAAAAAGAUAUAAAAAAUAAAUGAAUCCUGACUACUGUGUUUCCAACAUUCACUCAUUCUUUUCACAACAGGGGAUUGAAAAAAUCCGUGUGAAUGUGAUUGGUCGAGUUGUUCACGUGUCGCACUUUGCAGAACUGUCGUCACCCACGAUGCUCAUGAGCACCUUGAAUAAACGUCAUCUCGGAGUCUCCAUUGUUGAUACUGGCGCAGAAGAGGAGAUUGAAAAAGGUAUUUUUAAACAUGCAACCGAAAUUGACAUCAAUUAGCUAUGUCUUAAAUUGGUAAAACAUAAUAUAAGUCUUAAAUUGGUAAAACAAAAACAAGAUGUCAUUGACGGAGUGUUGCAUUGUAAUGUUAAGCAAAUAACUCUCUUCUUGUUCAGGGUUGCCCAAAACACUCAAGAUUCGUCUCGCAAACCUCGCUGUACAAGCCGUACUCAUAGCCAUCGCUUUGGGAGGCUCAUUCUCCUCAAGUCCCUGGUAUAUGUGGGUCUCGAUAGUCGAAAUUUGCUUUGGAAUAAUACCCAUCCUGAAGAAAGUAUACGAGGCGGUACGGAAUUUGGAGAUCGAUUUGAAUAUUCUCAUAACAAUCACCGUGAUAGGAACGCUGGCCAUUCAAGAGUGGAUCGAAGGCGCGGCUGUGGUGUUCGUGUUUACCCUCGCGGGAUUCCUGCAGAGAUAUUGUUUCUAUCGUGUACAGAAGACGAUCUCUAGCUUGAUGUUAUCGAAGCCGUCUAAGGCGGUCAUGGCCUGUACCGGGGAAUGUAUCCCUAUUGAAAAUGUUCCGAUAGGUAAGAAUGUUGACCCAAACGCUUGUUGGUGGUCUUGAAAUACAUUUCCUUUGUGAUAAACUCUAAACUAUUGGUUUUCAGUGUAGGUACUGGUCUUGAAAUUGAUUGAAUAAUAGUUAAAGGGUCUUGAAAUGCACGUCCUUUGUGAUAGAUUCUCACUAGUUUGGUCAUACGACAAAAUAUAAAUCGUUUGCAGUCAUUCCCCAGGACCAACUCAACAAAAGCCAUGGCAGCCAUGUUGGUGUUCCAGACAAAAGAGUCUAAUUAAAAUUCUUUUGAAUUGGAACACCAACAUGGCGGCUGUGACGUCAUGUGCAAUCGCUCUAUAUACACCGUACGAAACGAAUCUGCCCAUUCUUUUUUCUAACAAUCAUUCUAAUUGAUUCUAAUUCUUCCACUGUAGGAUCCAUUAUCGCAGUGCGUCAGGGUGAACUCAUCCCUCUGGAUGGUAUAGUGGUGAAAGGUGUAGCCUCGGUGGAUGAAAGUUCAAUAUCAGGCGAAGCCACACCGGUCGAGAAAAUCCUUGAAUCUCCAGCGUAUAGCGGAACUGUGAUUCAAAAUGGCUACCUGGAAAUAGAAACAACAUCGAGCUCCACUUCCUCGACAAUUUCCAAGAUAUCCGCAAUGGUUGAAGACGCGCAAAUGAACGUCUCGCCGACAGAGAUCAUGGUUAACAAAUUUGCAAAGUUUUAUACACCGUUGGUGAUCGGUGUGGCGGCGUUGGUGUUUUUGAUUCCGUUAUUCCUGGGUUUGGCCGGCGUGGAGGCCUACGACGGUCGUGCAAAAACCUGGGGCGAGCGAGCUUUGAUUGUUCUGGUGACUGCGUGUCCAUGUGCGCUCCUCAUGGCCACCCCCACCGUCGUCAUAUGUGGUAUCAACGGCGCAGCACGUCUUGGGGCGCUUAUCAAGGGGGGGACGUACCUUGAAGCUUUGGGUCAGUUGAAUAUAUUGGCGUUUGAUAAAACUGGAACUCUUACCGAAGGAAAAUUUCAAGUUGUUGAUCUGGUAUGUAUGUGUGUAUGUAUAGAUGGUUUUACUAAGCACUAUCGUGCAACAGAUGGUGGUCAACCUGCAAUUAUCAGAGUGAGAAAAUUAUGUUCAUUGUUUUCAUGAUAUGCAGUAGUCUUGUAUUUGGAGGCAAAUAAAUAGAAUUGAAAGAUAUAGUUUAAUUUUCUUACUCCUAUAAGUGUCGAUUCUAAAGUUGAUAUAAAAUAAAAAAGGAUUUUGUUCAAUAAUUUUUGCUGCUGUAAUUGUCAGUGGUUUUGAACUUGAUCGCCAUCUACUGUCGUGUAGUACUCGCUGACACCGACCAUUUUAAUAAACUCUUUCAGGUCCCAGCAGACAGUUAUGACGAGAGCGAUGUCUUGCGCUGGGCUGCAGCUUUGGAAAGUAAGUCAAGCCAUCCUUUAGCGGCUGCGAUUGUCAACGAAUUCACUGGUGAAUGUGUCUCCGAUUUCGUUGCCGAAUCCGACGUGCUUCCCGACGUGUCGGAGUUCUGUACGAUGGAAGGACAAGGAAUAUCGGGCAAGAUUGAGGGCCACGAUGUACAACUUGGGAAUAAGUCGUUACUUGAGAAGAACGGCGUUACUCUUUCUCCACAUUUCGAGACUGCCUAUAUCUCAUUCUGUACUGAUGCUAAGACCGUCAUCUUCGUCUGUGUUGAUGGGGAAUUCGCACUAAUGAUCUCAUUGGCUGAUAUCAUCCGCUGGGAGUCACGUGCCGCGCUCACGUGGCUACAGGACCUCGGGGUACAUCUAUGCAUGUUGACUGGUGAUGCAAAACAGACAGCGAAUGCUGUACAGAAGGAGUUGAAAUUGGACUCGUGUGUCUCGGACAUGAAACCGGAUGAUAAAUUGAACUGGAUUGCUAAUGUGAAAGAACAAGAUGUAGGACAGAGAACAUGUGCCCGCUUUAGAAAGGUAAGAAAAGGUUUGCUCUCCUAUAAGCUUGAAGGGAUGGCUUUACUGGACCUCUAUAAGGAGAACAGUUUAAAGCUGAUAGAGCUGUAAAGAAUAAGGUUAGUUUAGUUUAGGUUUCCUCCUGUAGUAACACUGGAUCAAUAAGAGAUGAUCCUUACUGGACCUUUAGGAAGAACAGUUUAGAACUGAUGGAGCUAUCCAGUAUAAAUAAAGUUAGUUUAGUUUAGGUUUCCUCCUGUAGUAACACUGAAUCAAUAAAAGAUGAUCCUUACUGGACCUUUAGGAAGAACAGUUUAGAACUGAUAGAGCUAUCCAGUAUAAAUAAAGUUACUUUAGUUUAGGUUUCCUCCUGUAGUAACACUGGAUCAAUAAGAGAUGAUCCUUACUGGACCUCUAGGAAGAAAAGUUUAGAACUGAUAGAGCUAUCCAGUAUAAAUAAAGUUACUUUAGUUUAGGUUUCCUCCUGUAGUAACACUGAAUCAAUAAAAGAUGAUCCUUACUGGACCUCUAGGAAGAACAGUUUAGAACUGAUACAGCUAUCCAGUAUAAAUAGAGUUACUUUAGUUUAAUUUAGGUUUCCUCCUGCAGUAACACUGGAUCAAUAAGAGAUUAUCCUUACUGAACCUCUAGCGAUACUGACAGAGCUAUACAGAAUAUAAUCAGUUUAGUUUAGCUAAGUAUUAGCAUACAACAGAUUUAUGGUUAUUCUAAUGUAUAUUUUAGAAACAAAAACAACUUGUUGGUAUGGUUGGAGAUGGUGUGAACGACGGCCCAGCCCUGGCCGCAUCGGAUGUCGGGAUAGCAAUGGCUGCCGGGGGGUCUGCACUUGCUGUCGAAGCUGCCGGAGUCGCCUUGAUGAACAACAGCGUCCUUAAAGUUCCCGAAAUUAUCUGCUUGAGUCGUUUUUGCCGUCGUAUCAUCCUUGAGAAUAUCAUCCUCUCGGUUUUGUUAAAACUCGUGUUUGUUAUCGUUGCUCUCACUGGGUUCGUGCGAGUGUGGAUGGCAGUCCUGGCUGAUCUGGUGGGUCUAGUCGCCGUCAUUCUCAAUGGUCUGCGCCCGCUCAAGUGGAAACCUCCACGAAUAAAACAGAAAAGCGCCCCACCCCGUGCCUCGUUCAGACGCAAGCGACCUCUAGUCAUGUUUGAAUCGGUGGUAUAAUUCGUUGAAAAUUGAAAAGGUAAAGGUUUCCUCUCGAAGUUACCAUGAGAACGAGAGUUGCCUGAAAUCUCAAGAAAAAUAGAAGGCAUUCCCAAUGUUGAAAAGGAUGACAAUGGUAUAAUACUUAUAUUUUUUAAUGAAGAAAGUAUCGGGCAAUAUAAUUGCCGUUUCUUUUUGAACCUCUUUUUGUGAGGUCUGAUUUGAACAUAAUCGUAACACUAAGUAUAACAUAUUUUUAAAUACGUGUAGUACAUAUAACGAAUACAUAAAUAAUUCGCACUGCCAGGCUCCAAAACGCCUGGGGACGAGUAACGAGUGAAGAACAAUUCAAGUUGUCUAAUUGAUAUAUCCACAUAUUUUUGGUAUCACAAUUUCUUGUGACCAUAAAAUGUUAUCUCUGUACUUGAGGUUCGUCGCGUUUUUGCUGGAUUGCAAUCAUUUUAUUUUUUUCGCAAUCUUUGUCAGAUAAAUGACAGGUUAUACCCACAGAGCUCAACACUCCUUUACGGGUGACCUUAAAUCGAUAAAACUUCGGCCAUGUUGAUGUCAAAUUCAGUGGUAGUUUAGGGAUCGUCCAUAAUUAUCAACUUUUUCACAAGUAUACAGAGAGUACUCCUUUUCUCGACUUUUCCCAGAGCGUACUUGAAUCUCAGGAACGAUGUUUUGAAAGCGUCCCCCCCCCAGCGUCCCCAGCGUAAGGUUUGCUUGUGAAAGUGUCGAUAACCAUGGCUGACCUCUUGAUGCGAUUCAUAUUGUGAAAACAUUUCGUCAACAUGGCCGCCGUGACGUGUGGUCCAGCAAUACGCUGUUAAGCCUGGUUAACUUUGUGUUAUUUUGAAUGUUAAUAAUUUUAAAUGUAAAUGUAUUAAGGUGAAAUAAAUAGUAUGUUUUAUACUAGACACAAUCGAAUGACCUUGUUGUCUGGACGAUUGUGUGCGAAGUAUUUAAAAAGGCCUUGGUCAAACCGUGCUCGAACGAGGAUGAGAGUUGAUAAGAGUUUUCGCGCGGUAAUAUCCAGUCAACUGUCAUCAACUCUCAUGCAAACUCUUGUUUUCGUUUGACCGGGGCACGAGAGUUGAGAAAACUCUCACUUCUCCACUCUCAUCAACUCUCAUGCAACUCUUAUUCUGGUUUGAAUGGGGCACGAGAGUUGACAAAACUCUCAUGCAAACUCUCAACUCUCAUUCUCGUCUUAAAAUAUUACGACAGCCACGACCACACUUUAUUGUAACUUGUUUUAGUUCGCAUAAAAUAAAUAUUUAGUGCAUCAGUUUAAUUACGUUCCAUAUGUCAAAACACAAUUUGUAUUCACCUUAUUAGCAUUUUAAACUUUGACGAUAAUUUUAUCCAAU